UCUUUAGGAAUAAAGAGAAAUGAUUGGUUGUGUUGGGUCACAUGGAAUUUAAUAUUUUAGGAGUUUUUUUUUUUUUAUAUACCUAAAUGUUGUACAGGGACAAAUGAAUUGUUCCAUGAAAUUAGUCGAGGUGCAUAGAACCUAAUCCGAACAUGAAAAUGAACCUAACCCGAACUUGAAAAUGAAAAUGAGUUAAUGAUAAAAUUAAAAUAUGGGUAUUGGAGACAAAAUGUUCAUUGGUUUAUUUAACAUUAGAGCUUUGUACUACUUCAAAUAACUUUGUACUAGUUGUACCAGUUGUUACCAUUAUAAAAAAACUUUGAACAGAAAGAAAAGAAUUUUUUUCUUUUGAGAUGAAGCUACAUGGCGACAUUAUGUCCUUAUCAUUACAAGAAAGUGGAUCAAACAGCCUCAUCUGUUCUUAUAUAUACCAUUUACAUUUUAUUGUAUUCCUUCAUAUGAUUAUGAUAUGACCGAGCAACUAUUGAUGAGUGAUUGCAAUGGGCUUUGUCAACUCUCUUAUUUGGGAUCGCCAUUGCUUGAUUUCUAUGUUUUUGAAGGAUGUGAAACUUUCUCUGAAGCAGAGUCUUCAUUUGUAUCCUCCAACACUGAAGAUGAUCAACCUCACCUUCAUUUCUCAUCUUUUGCUUUUGAUUCAUCAAAGCAUCAAGGAGAAGCUCAAGAACAAUCAAGCUGUUGCCACGAGUUCAGCGGUGACUGUUCCUGGUCAUGGGAAGAGUUGAUGGGGAAUGAGAACAAAAAGUCAAAAUCAAGGAUUGGUUCGAAGAAGCGAAUUAAAUGGACCGAAGAACUUCACCAGAAAUUCAUGAAUUGCGUGGAUCAGCUUGGUGGCACUCAAAAAGCCACACCAAAGCAACUCCUCCACUUGAUGAAAACUGAAGGAUUGACUCUCAUCCAUAUAAAAAGCCACUUGCAGAAAUACCGCAUUUCUCAGCAUAUUCGAGAUUUUUCAAAAGGAAAAUCCGAGAGAAAACCCGACAAGGAACUGAUGCUGGCUAACCAAAACAGAGGGAAGCAGCUGGUGGAAGCAGCGAGACAACUACUUGCUACACAGAGUAGUUUGAAUGAACAAUUGGAGGUUCAGAAGAACUUGAUAUCAGCUAUUGAAGAACAAAUGAAGCAACUGAGAGGAGUUUUAGAACGAAGAGGGAAACCUGUUGUGUUUAGAAAUGAGGAAGAGAGAAAAUAAAAUGGAGUUUGGUUGAAUCAGAAAAAAUGUGUUCUUUCUACUGUCA